CAUCUCUAGUAAAUUGGAAAAAAAUAAAAUCGUCGGAGUUUUUAUGUGCUUGCAGAGUAGUGUAAGUAAUUGCUAUUUUUGUGCCAGCUGCUUGCCGGUAGUAAACAACACGUGUGAACUGCGAUGCCUUGCAAUCCUCAGGGCAAUUCCAGUGCGGUUUAAGUCCGAACGACCACUUAUCUUGGAAGAAAUCCGAAGUGUACGUACAUAUAUUUCUCUCAUAUGCAACUAUGUCGGUACACUAUAAAUUUAAGAGUACACUCAACUUUGAUACAAUUACUUUUGAUGGACUUCACAUUUCUGUCGGGGACUUGAAAAGGGAGAUUGUGCAGCAGAAGCGACUGGGCAAAAUCAUCGACUUUGAUCUUCAGAUCACAAAUGCGCAGAGUAAAGAAGAAUACAAGGACGAUGGGGUCCUUAUUCCCAAGAACACAACGCUGAUCAUAUCGCGCAUCCCCAUCGCCCAUCCCACAAAAAAGGGCUGGGAGCCACCAGCAGCAGAAAAUGCCUUUUCGGCGGCGCCUGCCAAGCAGGACAACUUCAACAUGGACCUGUCCAAAAUGCAAGGCACUGAGGAGGACAAAAUCCAGGCAAUGAUGAUGCAGAGCACAGUCGACUAUGAUCCCAAGACGUACCAUCGUAUUAAAGGACAAUCGCAAGUGGGCGAAGUUCCCGCAUCCUAUCGAUGCAACAAAUGCAAGAAAAGCGGACACUGGAUCAAGAACUGUCCCUUUGUGGGGGGAAAGGACCAACAAGAGGUCAAACGGAAUACUGGUAUUCCGCGGUCUUUCCGCGAUAAGCCAGAUGCGGCUGAGAACGAAUCGGCCGAUUUUGUGCUGCCUGCUGUACAAAACCAAGAGAUACCGGAGGAUCUGAUAUGCGGCAUAUGCCGAGAUAUAUUCGUCGACGCUGUCAUGAUACCCUGCUGCGGAAGUUCCUUUUGUGACGACUGUGUGCGAACCUCCUUACUGGAGUCAGAGGAUAGUGAGUGCCCCGACUGCAAGGAGAAGAACUGUUCCCCUGGCUCCCUGAUACCUAAUCGGUUCUUGAGGAAUUCGGUGAACGCCUUUAAAAACGAGACUGGGUAUAACAAAAGCGCGGCUAAGCCAGCUGCAGUAAAAAAUGAGGAAAAACCUCCUGUUGAAAAAGAAGUGGAGGAAAAGGUGGUCACUGAGAAGGAAUCCGAAGAGACUGAGGUGAAACCUGUAAAGCAACAAGAAUCCGAAACCAAUGGCAGCAAUCCGUCUAAAUCGGAAUCUCCGGAGCAACCUGCAACCACAGAACCAACACAGAAGGAGAAAGAUAAAUAUGAUUCAGACUACGAGGAUAACAUUACCAUAAAAAUGCCGCAGCCUGCAGCUGAUUCUACAUCAGUGCCCAGCAAAAGAUCCCCCAGUUAUUCCCACAGAAGUGAAUCCUCUCACCGACGAGAGAGAUCGGAUUAUGUUUCCGAACACGAUCACAAGCACCAACGUCCAUCGAAAUCGGAGUCUGUUAACAAGGAUCGCAGUCUCCUGCCCUUGCCCAUUGGCACCCUGCCCAGCUACCAGGGGCACAUGAUGGCCGAAUCGGAAGAAGCUCGUCGAUCGGCUGCCUAUAAGCCCCCUUAUAUGCAAAUGCAGCGGGGCCCACCGCCAAUGCACAUGAUGAGUCACCACAUGCCAGCCUACAACAACGGGUUUAACAACAUGGGACAGAGGCCUCCCCUCAGCUAUGUGCCGUAUCAAAACCAAUCCGUACACCCAAUGCGUGCGCCGUACGGAUCUGCAGGCGGAGGUAUGAAUAUGAAUAUGUCACAACCAUUUCAGUCCCCAAAUUUAGCCUCGAUAUACCAAGGGGUGGCAGCGAAGGUCGGUUCCGGUCUCAUUGACGAUCCGUUGGAGGCCUUCAAUCGCAUCAUGAAGGAGAAGGAGCGGAAGAAGGUGGACCGCUUUCGAAGCUCUGACCGCCACAGAUCAAGGUCCCCGGAUAGACAGAGGCAUCGCUUUAAGUCUCCCAUUUACGAAAAGGACAACUCCAGGGAUAAUCUCAAGGACAAAAGACCACGAUCCCGGGAAAGGAAGCGAGAACAUAGCUACGAACGGCAUAUGCGCCACCCUCGUUCUAGUCGCCAGCCGAAUGAUGGCUCUAAGUCACCAGGUGGCAGAAUCAAAAGAUCUGGCCAUCGUCGCUCUGCAUCUCCAAAGCCGGGCUACAAGAGUGAUUACAGGGACAAGCCGUACAACAAGCCUAGUGCUCCCAAAACGGAGGCAGUUGAGCCUCCUCCCCCCGGAUUCGAGCCGUUGCAGCUGGCCGAUGAAGACGUCUACAGGAACAAGCACCCGACCAGUUCGGAAGCAUCACAAAGCAGCAAGGCCGAAAGCAGCAAGAAGAAGGGGGAAAACAGGCACGAAGAGGCGCCACGAAAGAGGCACAGGUCUCGCAGCAUUAGCAAGGAACCGAAGCCGAACGACAGCACCUACAGGAGCCUGACGCCACCAGCAAAGAUCACCACACCGAAAAUGACUGCUGCCCAGUUGAGGGAACGCGAGAGUUCGCCGAAGACGCCGGAAAAUGUUCACGACGAUUAUCUGACCGCGAAGGCCAGAAUUAUGGCCUCCCAGCCCGACAUCAACGUCUCGGAAAUGGAGACCAAUGUGGGCAAGGAGAACAAGGCGAAGAGUCCGUUGUCAAAAGAUCGCAAGAAGAAGAAGAAGGACAAGGACAAGGCUGAGCGCAAGAAGAACAAGAAGGACAAGCGCGCCAAGAAGGAGAAAGGGGAUCGCCAGAAGAAGAGCUCCUCAGUUAAUCGAUCUGACUCGGAUAUUAACCACAGCUCACUAAUGAACGAGCCAAAUUAUAAGGUCUUGUCUCCCAGGGCUCAAAGUCCCAGCUUUGAGAUCAAUGCGGGUCAGCUUUCCCCUGCUCACAACGCUACUGAAAACGUUAAUCCGAAGAGCCAUUCCAUCCUUACUGUGGGUGCUGCCAGCGACGAUAAUCUCGGCCCAAGAAGCAAACUCAGCGAGGCUAAUUCUGUCAAUCUAUCCAAAUGGGAAAUGGAGGAGAAUAUCUUAAGUUUGGAGGAUUCCUCCAAAAAGGCUGCCGGGGCCUCCGACGAUCCGUCGGAAAUAACUUCAGACGUCCUGCGGAAGGCUGAGAACGCAAUAUUUGCCAAGGCUAUUAAUGCCAUCAGACCCAUGGAGUUUCAAGUCAUUAUCAACUCCAAGGACAACAGCAAGGACCGCGCCGCAGUUCGCAGUGACAAGGAUCGCUCCUCUUCACCCAGGCGUACCAGCAGCAGGUCGGUAAAGGAUAGGCUGGGCACCAAGAUUUCCAAUGACAGGAGCCGUUCGCGGGACAAGUCGAAGGACAGGCGCCGGGGGGCGGGCGCCAGGAGCUCCGACGACGAUGCGAACCGCGGCAGGUCGGAUCGUCAUGGCAGCCGGAAGAGGGACAACAGAUCCCGCGACAGGGCGCCGCCUUCAGAUAAGAGGCAGGAGCGUCCGUACAAGAGAAGCUCGCCAGAGGACGACAAGCUGAGGCGCCAGAACAAGGAGCGGUCCGACUCCAGGCACGGAAAACACGAUCAAAACAAUAGCGACGACUCGGAUCGCAGGGCGGCCAGAAACACCAAGUCCAGCGACAGCCGAGUUGUCUCCUCUGUAACAGCCGUGGCUGCUCCUCCCAAGCCCAGUCGUCCAGACAACCCGUUCCGCAAGUUCGACCCCAGUGCGUCGAGCAGCUUAGUUGUAAAAUAUGAUAACACGAUACAGAAGGAGGGCGCGUCCUCGGACAACGGCAUGGAGCACAGGAAGCAGCGGGAUAAGAAGCUGAAGAAACAUUCGAAAUAUUCGUCAACCGAUUCGUUGAAGAGCGAGAAGCGCAAGGAUCCGAAGAGCAAAAAGAAGAGCAAGAUUUUGAAAAAGAAGAAAAAAUCGAAGAAGUAG